AGCUUUAGCUUAGGAAGAAGAAGCAAACUGGCAUAGAGGUUGGUUUCUAGUGUGAAAUCUUACCCAUUACAUGCUCAAAAAAGGUGGUUUGCGUUUUUACUCGCGUUUUUACUACUUAGUACUUCAAAAGAAGGCUGUGAAAUAUCUUCUGGCAUGUUUUGAUAUUGCCAGCUCAACAGACCAUCAUGGCAACACCGCAUUGCAUACUGCUGCCUACAGAGGACAAGGAGCAGUGGUUGAGGCUUUGAUUAUUACGUCUCCUUCACUGAUCUCAGUAAGAAACAACUCUGGAGAAACUUUUGUUCACACAGCCGUUUCUGGUUUCCAAAAUCCUGCAUUUAAAAGAGUGGACCACCAGAUUAAGCUUAUGAAGCAGCUGAUAUGUGAAAAAAACUUCAAAAUCGAGGACAUCAUUAAUGCUAAGAACAAUGAUGGAAGGACUGCUCUUCACAUGGCCAUCACUGGGAAUGUUCACACGGACCUAGUUGAACUUCUGAUGUCUGCUCAAUCAAUCAAUGUGAAUGUCCACGACACUAAUGGAAUGACUCCACUUGACCUCCUUAGACAGCAUCCUUGUUCUGCAUCAUCAGAUAUGCUUAUUAGACAGUUGAUAUCUGCUGGGGGAAUAUUUGGUUGUCAGGACUAUACUGCAAGGAGAGCCAUGGCUUCACACUUGAAGAUGCAAGGUAAUGGAAGCAGUCCUGGAACUUCUUUUAGAGUAUCCGACACAGAAAUCUUCUUGUAUACAGGGGUUGAGACUGCAAACGCAUCAGAUGCCAGUGCUGCAUACCCAGCAAGUGCAGCAAUGAGUUCGUCUUCAACAGAAGCAAAUCAAUUUGAAAUGACUGAUGAGAGCAAUGAGAACCAAAUCUCUUCAGUUGAUAAGAAACCAGGUUCUAAGAAUAACACAGCACAGAGAUUAAAAAGCGUCCUGUUCUGGCCCCGGCUGAAAGAGAUAAGGACUAAAAGGGUUCAGAAACCAGUAGGUGAGGGUUCUACGCAAUCACAUAAAAAAGGGAAGUGUACAAAUGAAGCUCCAAUCCCGCUUAGGCAGAGGUUUACAAAGCCCCCUUCACCUUCCAGCAACAAAAGGACACUUUCAGUGAGGAGCAAUCAGUCUAGUCCAAUUGCAAGGAAGAAGUUUGCUUCAGGGCUAAUGCAUGGUGUUCUGCGGGCCAUGCCACAUUUAACUGCUCAUGGCCAUUCUCGUUCAAGUUCAUUUUCAAAGUCAUCCAUAUCUUCUCCAAGUCAAUUGGAUAAACAGAAAGGGAUUUUAACUGAAACUGAUUUGGCAGGACCAUCAUGCUCCAGCCAACUACAUGAUGACGGAAAAACAAGUACAGCCUGCUUCAGAAAAUCAUUCAGGAGCCAGUAUUUCUGUUUUGGCACUUCAGGUCUCGCUGUGAAAACUCCAGUUAGCCGGCAGAGGCAGAACCAGACCAUAGCUGAUCCUUCUAUCGUCUUGAUGGCAUGAUUGGCUGAUGAUAAUAAGAGUUGGACUUUGCAAUGAAUUCAUGCAAGACAGAAUUGCAAAGUAGUGACAUGGAAGUUAGUAGGUUCUGUAGUAUUCUGUCUGCUUAAUUUAUCUAGGUUCUGUACUUUGUUAGCUAAAACCUGUGUUGAAAUAAUGAUAUUUAUGUUGCACCAUGAGCAAAUUGGUUUCAGAAUUAUGCAAUGUUCUGUCCUUUAAGCAGCUGGCUUAAUGUGCAUUUGCUACUUUCCUCUGUCAGGAUUUUAUGUAAAG